AUGAACAGCGAGGAGAAGACACGCGGGUGUCUGACGAAGGCGCAGACGCUGAAGGACAGCGGGAACUACAAGGAGGCUGUCACUGUCCUGCAGUCGCUCUCUGAGCACGGGGUCCACUGGGGCCCAGUGUACACCGCCGCCCUCGACCUCCUCGCCGAGCUGUGCUUCAGCCAAGAGCAGGGCGUCACCGUCGACCGCUUCUUUCCGGCAUUCAGAUGGAACCGCAAUAAACUUCGCGGAUCGCAGCAUUUGGAGGAGGGAACGCGGCGCAUCAUCGACAUCACACUCAAACAUCUCCGCGCUUCAGGUGAAAGGGCGAGGCGCAACGCAAAAAUGAUGGAGGAGGACCCUAAAGAGGAAGAAUUAAUUUUGGCCGCUCUCUCGGGAAUUUCGCCGGCGCAGAGGGCAAGGGAAAGGUAUCUUAUCCCUGCAGAAAAUAUGACACAGAUGGUGGGGUGCGAGUUGCUUAAUUUUAAUGUAAUUGGACAUUCAAAGAAACUGCUUCCCUUCUACCUUGAUACAGCUCUGCAACUCAUUGAAUACUGUCAUGAACACAACUUAAAACGAGCUGUUGGACGUAUCGCUGAGGCUUUUGUACGUUUCUUCAAGAGAUUUCUUCAAAGCCCUAUUAACCUGCCGUCAAAGACUGAUAACCAAUACCUUAUUACAUUAAGCAAGGAGCUUGAAGCAGACCGUGAAGAUUUCUACAAGGAGAAGGCUACAACUGAGAAAGCAGUAGGCGUUUUCUGUCGUCUUUUGCAAAUAUUAACAGCAAUGAAUAGUUGGCAAAGUGCAUGGUCAGCCCUACAGUGUUUCACGAAAGUAAUGCAAGAAAUUUCUCAACGUCCAGAUCACUCUCGAGAGUGUCAAAUUGAGGCACAUAUGGCGAUGGCUUCCCUUUUUUGGAAAUGUUCACACUACGCUUUUCAUGCCCAUUGUUUAGGGGUUGCUGCCUUUUUAACUGAAGAAGGACGGAUGCCUAUCGCUUCCAGAGCAGUUCUGGCUACUCUCUGUGCACCUAACAUUAACAGGGAAAGAAAAAGCUUUGCACGAGGUUCUGAUUCUAUUCUUGAGAAAAACGCAAGAAUUGCUCAAUUAUUUGGACUUCAGGCAGCACCAGGAAGAACAUCUCUUUGGAAGCGUCUUCAGAGAAUGCAGGUUCUUCAAACUGCUUCCCCAGAGGUUCAGGCAUUUGACGAAUUAUUGCGUAAUGAAGUCCUCGAUGAGGAAAUGGCAAAGAAGGCUAUUGGAUACCUGUCUAAUAUUCUCCAAAAAGAACCUUCCCUUGAAAUAUACCGAGAACCACUACGUAAAGUUAUUAUUCAGCGGUAUUUGGAGAGUAUGUCUGCCAAAACUACUCGGUUAGAGGCAGAUUCUCUACAAAUAGGAGAGACAAACCCUUCAGAAGAGAACUACAUUAAUGAAAUUGAACCAUUCAUUCUGAAUGAGUCGGGAAUUGCUGUAGAAAUUGAUCACAAAACAAAUUCAUUGUCGUUCAGCAACACUACGAAAAUGAAGGUACUCCAUGCAUUUAAUCUAUUGGCGGAAAAAGUGGACCUUCAACCAGCUGCUCCUCGAAGAAAACUUGAUAUACGUCCAGAGCAUUUGCAACGGGCUCAUGACCGCAGCAGUAUUAUUCAUCGUUUACAGUACUUAUGUGAAGAAACUGCAGAGGAACGUCGACAGAAUGCUAAGGAUAAAGAAGAAGCUGAACGUGAAAAUGCCAGACUGGAACGUGUUCAAAAUGAAGAAAGGAAGAGGGAAGCAGCGCGUUUAGCGCAGGAGGCCCGAGGACUUGCUGAGUAUCAAGAGUUUGUAAAUCAAGAAAGACGAAAGGUUGUAUUACGCCGUCUUAAAGAAAAGUAUAAGAGUUUCACUGUUCCAGAUACAAUUACGCAGAAAAAUUCCACUGAUUUCGUUCAAGAAUUAACGAUGUUAUUAACGGAACACCUUAAGAAGACGACAAGAGAGAAAAUGGCUGAUGUGACAAAAAUGAAUUAUUUUGAAAGAGCUUGCAGAGAACUUGAAAUACCUAAGAGGGAGCGUAUUGAGCGUGAAGAGGCAGAGCAGCACAAAGCUGAGAGAGCAGCGGCUCGGGAGAACUUCCUUAUACAGCAUCGCAAGGAAUUUGAAAAACGUCAGCAAGAUAAUGAGGUACUAAAGAAGUUCCUUAAGGAAGCGGCUGUGUUUGCAGAACAGAUACAAAUGAAAGAAAAGACGUCUAAGCGCGAUGAGCAACAGAUGCUGCUUCAAAAAGAGAAGGAGCGCUUGCAGGGCUUAUAG